CCUAGUGCAGAACAUGGAGCGUCGAGUCGUUUUCAUUCUCGCGCUCCUCGUCGCCGGGACCAGUCGAUCAGAAGCGGUUGGUUACUGCAGCGAAUAUGGCGGUUCUCCUUACGACUACCGGGAGCUUCUGUGCCAAUCUCUGGUCUUCUACGAAGCUAAUCGCUCGGGCAAACUGCCCUCGGACCAGCGCGUUGAAUGGCGCUACGACUCCGCUGUGGAUGACGGCGCCGCGGACGGCGUUGAUCUCGAGGGCGGAUAUUACGACGCCGGAGAUUUUGUAAAGUUCGCGUUUCCGAUGGGCUUCACAAUGACGUUCUUGGCGUGGGGUUACAUCUCGUACGAGGACGGCUUCGUUCAGGCUGGCCAAGUUGAAUAUUUCGAGAAGACGCUUCGGUGGGCGACGGACUACUUUUUGAAGUCUCACACUGCACCCACCACCAUUUGGGCUCAGGUAGGAGACAGCGACUUGGAUCACACUUUCUGGGACCGUCCUGAAAACAUGACCAUGGCUAGACCUUCCUUCGUGCUUAAUGAGACCAACCCCGGCACUGAGGUUGGAGCUGAACUAGCUGCGGGAUUAGCUGCUUCCUCCAUGGUGUUUCAGAGGAGCGACCCCGCGUACGCCGCAACUCUGCUGACGGCCGCCAAAGAGUUGUUUGACUUCGCUAACACCUACAGAGCGGUCUACUCCGAUAAUAUUCCAGAAGGGGACGCCUAUUACACGUCCUCGGGCUACGGCGAUGAGCUGACAUGGGGCGCCAUUUGGCUGUACCGCGCCACUGGUGACGACAGCUACAGAGCCCUCGCCGAGCAGUUCUACGUAGAGUUCAACGUCGCUUACGGCGCGAGUUUCAAUUGGGACAACAAAAAAUCUGGGUGCAAUGCGGUGUUCGCGGAGCUGCUGGGGGGAGAGUACCUGACCUUCCUGCAGCAGAACGUGGCCGAGUUCAGGAACAACUACGUCACCACGCCGGGCGGCCUGCACUACUUCUCGCAAUGGGGGUCUCUUAGACACGCCCUUAAUCACGCCUUCAUCGCUUUCAAGGCUGCGGACCUUGGUAUUGAUGUGGAUGCAAACGUCGAGUUCGCUGAGCGUCAAGUUAACUACGCACUGGGGACUAAUCCGUCCGACCGAUCGUACGUUGUGGGUGUAGGCAAGAAUCCACCUACCCACUGCCAUCACAGAGCUGCGUCGUGUCCAGACAUCGACGUGCCCUGCGGCUGGACCUACUUCGACACCCCCGACCCUAACCCCCACAUCCUCUACGGAGCAUUGGUCGGGGGACCUGACGAGAACGACGUCUACGCGGACAACCGCACGAACUUCGUGCAGAACGAAGUGGCGACGGAUUACAACGCCGGCUUCGUGGGCACGCUGGCGCGCAUGGUCAUCAACCAACCGCUGUGAGGCAGCCAAGCUCUGUGAGGCAGCCAAGCUCUGUGAGGCAGCCAUGCUCGGUGCGGCAGCCAUGCUCUGUAAGGCAGCCAAGCUCUGUGAGGCAGCUAAGCUAUGUGAGGCAGCCAUGCUCUGUAAGGUUCUGUGAAAAAUGUCCACCACAAGUAAA